AUGAAGGUAAGGCACCAGAAGUCAUACUUCCCGAGGCUGGCGACGAAGCCACCGAGGAGGACAACCGUGGCCCACGUAGACAUCAGGAAUCCCAACCCCGCACGAUCAGAUUCAGGCCAACGGGAGUCGUCGUCGAUUGAAUUCAGGGCGGCCAUUGUUAUCGCUCGAUUUUGUUUCACCCCGGAAACACACAGCAACCGAGCUGCAGCAUUCCUGCAGUUGGUUAAGCUUAGCAAAGCACUUGCUGAUGCAGAGACAACAGUCAAGCUGAAGCCACAGUGGGAGAAGGGUCAUUUCAGGAAAGGUUGUGUUUUGGAGGCAAUGGAGCGCUAUGAAGAGGCAAUAGCUGCAUUUCAGAUAGCUUUGCAGCACAAUUCACAAAAUACAGAAGUCUCAAGAAAAAUCAAGAGGCUUUCUCAGUUGGCCAGGGAAAAGAAGCGAGCCCUUGAUGUAGAGAACAUGCGUUCAAAUGUUGACAUUGCAAAGAACUUAGAAUCACUGAAGACUGAGUUGGCUGCAAAGUAUGGAGAUGCAGAAACAGGGCAGAGUAUCUUUUCUUUCAUCGUUAAUGUGAUAGAAUCAGCAAUAAAGGUUUGGCAUGACACAGGAAAUGUAGAUCCAAGGGUCAAUUUUCUUCUCGAUCAGAAGACUGAUACUGAAAAAUAUGCCCCAGUAGUUAACAUUGACAAGGCAUUUGAGUCCCCCAACACUCAUGCAGAGUGUUUCACAUAUUUGCGGCAAUAUGCCGAGAAUUCUUUUGCGAAGGCUGCUUGUAUGGUGUCACCUAAGAGCAUCAUUUCCUACCCACAGGUCUGGAAAGGGCAAGGAUCCAGAAAGUGGAAGCUUGACCAGAGUGACGGGUUCUUUGUACAAUUUGAAUCACCAUCUCUGAGGAAGAUAUGGUUUGUGCCUAGCACAAAAGAGAAGGGACGAACAUUAUGCAGGAGCCCUGAGGCCCUGGACAUCGGCAUCCAUGAAGUCCUCCCCAGUAUAUUCAAGGAAGCAGCAGCUUAG